AUGCUACAGAAUUUCUUCUGUGGCAAGCAACUAAACCUAUCCAUCAAUCCAGAUGAAGCCGUCGCAUAUGGUGCCGCAGUGCAGGCAGCUAUACUCAGCGGUGAGCAGCACUCAAAGAUCCAAGACGUGCUAUUGGUAGAUGUGGCUCCUCUAUCACUUGGUAUAGAGACAGCCGGAGGCGUUAUGACCAAAAUCAUCGAGCGCAAUGCUAAGAUUCCUUGCAAACAAUCGCAAACGUUCACCACAUACUCAGACAACCAACCAGCUGUAACCAUCCAGGUAUAUGAAGGUGAACGAGCCAUGACGAAGGACAAUAACUUGCUGGGUCGCUUUGACUUGACGGGCAUUCCACCUGCACCACGAGGAGUGCCUAAGAUAGACGUCACCUUUGACCUAGACGCGAACGGUAUCCUGAACGUAUCAGCCAAAGAAAUAGCACCGGGCGCAGCAAGAACAUUGUGA